AUGUUGAAAUUGUUAGAAAAAGCCCUAAUUAUACUCUCAAGUCUAAAUACAGAAAAAAUAGAAGAUGGUGAAGAAGUAGCAGUAGAAAAAGCCCUAAUCGGAGGUGGUCCUGUUCUUCAUUGUUUCUUCGAUGUUGAAAUUGUUAGAAAAAGCCCUAAUCGGAGGUGGUCCUAUUCUUCCUCCCACCACGAUUCCCAGCUUUUGUUCGCCGGAACACCGAUUCCACCGUGGUUUCUGAUCCACGCUGACCAGUCGUCCCAGUCUUCAACGAUUUUCUGCCAUUCAAAUCCGGAUGGGUUGAAAAGAAAAGGGGCGAACAGCCACGACACGACUAGGAACCACAUUGAGAUGGUUAGGUGGCUCUGUAUUUGGCGCCGCCGUGGAGAAUUGUGCGACCGAAAUAGUGAAGUUUGGUGCCAAGAGAGAAGGCAACAUCGACACACUCUAAGAUUGCAACCUUCUCACCGUCCGUCUGUUUGGUUUAGGUUCAAUCGAUUGUCCUACUCCAGCCAUGUCACUUUCUUGGCGGAUUCAGUUAGAUUCCCUCGACCUUCGAAUUUCUGGACCUGUAGAUCGAUAGGUGCGAUGUAUUGUUCUGUUCCAUUUCCAAAUACCGUUGAUACGGUAAAAAUCCAUGAGGAUUUGGAGAUAAUACUGACAUGUUUGUUGUUUUGGCCGCCGCCCACCAGAAAAGUCAACCUAGGAUGGGCUUCAUGCCCGUUAAUGGUACUUAAUCAUCUAUCAGGUCAACUUUUUCAGAACUUUUAUGCAUUAAAUGACCGCUUUCUAUGCCGAUUUUCCUGGUAUGAAUUACAAUGGAAUCGGAGUUCGCUAUUCCAUUCCAUUCAAACAAUCUUUCUUUUCUUUCCAGACAUGAUUAAAGGCAUGUUUUUGGCUGUAGUUAUUGGACCACCUGUUGUGGUUGCCAUCAUUUUAAUAGUACAGAUCAUGUUCUCUGUUCUUGAUGCUGCAUCUGAUAGGGAACCAAAAGUGAGGACUUUUUUUCCCCCUGACACUUGA